AAAAAGCAAAAAAAGAAAAACGAUUAUCAUCUGGUCGGUCGGGGCAAACCCACAACUCACACCCCCAAGACACACCGUAUACACACUGCCGCCCGGAAGACCUCCUCUAUAAAUAACAUUAGGUCAGAAGGACGCUAAUUACGCCAAAACAUGAAAAUUUGCUUUGCAAAGAAAAAAAACCGAAGCCCAGGCGGCAAUUAAUCAAUUUUCCGCUUGAAACUUCCCCAAUCCCCCGCCCCCUACAACACUAUCCAUACCCCCUUCCCUUGAAUACACCACAAGGAAGUGUCCAUAUCUAAUAAUAAAUACAACUAUUAACAAACAAAACAAAACAAACAGAAAAAGACUUAAACAAACGGAAUCUAUAUAUAUAAAUAGAAGGAAAAUGCAUAUCAAACUGUGUUGGGUAAUCCUGGGCCUAAUUCAUUUGCACUCGAGAAGUGUCUUAGGCAAUCGGUAUAAUCAACUAAAUCUUUAUGCCAAUUCGGGUGGAGGAGGAGGUGGUGGUGGUGGCCAUGGCCCCUCCUCAUCAUCAUUGUCAUCGUCACAUAAAUCGCAACAGAAUGAAGUCUACUCCAUAGCCGAUAGCCAACCGAUGACCGAUGAUGGUUAUAUCACAGCUCCACAUUAUGGCAACUCAAAUUCCGAUGUGGACCAUCCAUUGCAGCAAUUAUCCACAUGCCAAACGGUUUGCGCCUGCAAAUGGAAAGGCGGCAAACAGACUGUUGAAUGCAUUGAACGUCAUCUCAUCCAGAUACCCGAACAUAUUGAUCCCUCCACUCAGGUAUUGGAUAUGUCGGGCAAUAAAUUGCAAACCCUAUCGAAUGAGCAAUUUGUGCGAGCUAAUCUAUUGAAUUUGCAAAAGUUAUAUUUACGUAAUUGCAAAAUUGGUGAAAUCGAGCGAGAGACAUUCAAGGGUCUAACGAAUCUAGUGGAAUUGGAUUUAUCACAUAAUCUUCUCGUCACCGUGCCCAGUUUGGCAUUGAGUUAUAUCUCAUCGUUGAGGGAACUUACUUUGGCCUCGAAUCAUAUACACAAAAUCGAGGCCCAGGCAUUCGGGAGUACGCCAUCGCUGCAUAAAUUGGAUCUCUCACACUGCGAUAUACAAAUGGUGUCGGCUCAGGCUUUCAGCGGAUUGCAGGGAUUGACUUUGUUGCGUUUGAAUGGCAACAAGUUGAGUGAACUGUUGCCCAAAACCAUUGAGACAUUAAGUCGUUUGCAUGGCAUUGAAUUGCAUGAUAAUCCCUGGCUUUGUGAUUGCCGUUUAAGGGAUGCCAAAAUUUGGCUAAUGCAAAGGAAUAUUCCAUAUCCGGUUGCCCCAUUGUGCUCUGGGGGGCCGGAAAGAAUAAUUGAUCGCAGUUUUGCCGAUUUGAGUGAGGAUGAUUUCGCCUGUCGUCCGGAAAUGUUGCCCAUUUCGCAUUAUGUGGAGACAUCCAUGGGGGAGAACGCAUCGAUUACAUGCCGCGCCCGAGCUGUCCCCGCCGCCCAGAUCAACUGGUAUUGGAAUGGCCGCCCGUUGAGUAAUAAUUCAGCAUUUAGUGCCUACCAGCGAGUCCAUAUGUUUGAGCAACUGGAGGGUAGCGGAAAAUUUGAGAAGCGUUCACGUUUAGUCCUCACGAAUGCCCAAGAGACCGACUCCAGUGAGUUUUACUGUGUGGCCGAGAACCGAGCUGGCAGUGCCGAGGCCAAUUUCACCUUGCAUGUGAGCAUGCGUGCUGCUGGCAUGGCAUCUCUGGGCAGUGGCCAGAUUGUGGGAUUGAGUGCAGCUCUCGUGGCUCUCAUUGUCUUUGCCUUGGGGGUGAUCAUGUGCCUGUUGCUGCGAGUGAAACGACAACCCUAUGUGGACAGCAAGACACCCAAUCACAUGGAGGUCAUCACUUCGGUUAAUCAUCAGAAUUCCAUUGUGAACAAGACUCAACCGGUCACAGGAAACGGCAGUAUAAAUCAUAGUGUGGUCAUAGCCAAUGGAGCGGUGGCUAAUUGUCUAGAAGGUGGCCUUGUUCAGGGUGGCGGCACUUUGGAACGUAAGAGCAGCAAUACUGGCAAUAGAACAGCCCACCUAACUGGCGAUACAAUACAACGUUCGGCUAAUCCUGUACAGAAGCCACCACGUCUCACCGACUUACCCUACUCCACGCAGGGCUACGACAAUGCUGGAAGUGUCCUGUCAACGGCCUCUUGUUUCAUCUCACCGACUGCAUCGACCGGGAAUGGCAAUAAUCCGGAUUUAAUCAACGACACCUUUGCUGAUCUCAAGCUAACCAUACCAGCUACAGAGAUUGGAAGCGGCAGUGGGGAAUACAGUCGAGCCAAUGGCUGUGAUUCACUCUAUCCAUCGGGUCUGUGGGAGCAUCAGGCUUCCGUUGCGGUAGGGGCAACCAGUUCAGCAGAUGAUCUCUUCAUGAAACGUUACACCGACAAGACACCCAUUAUAGAGUCAUCGACAAAUCAAUUGUAUGAUCUUCAUGAACGCUCUGGGGCCACGGAUUAUUUUAGUAAAACAUUUCCACGUGCUCAUUGCAAUGCGGCCCUACAGCAAGGAGUGGGAGGUGGUGCAUCUACUGCCUCAACAGCCACAACAAAUCUGUCAGCUGGCUCCUCUGGCUAUCCCAAUGACUAUGGCCUUCCCCUGGUGCCGGGGGCCGAGCAUCAGCAUAAUCAUCAGCUGCAAAUGCAUCCGCUUCAACAGCUGCAGCAACAAUUGACAUCCACUUUGACCAAUACCAGCACCAACAGCAACAGUCACUCACCCAGCACUGGCAGUGGCAGUGGUAGUCCACAUUUCAGUAGUCGCACCUUGCCACGCCUACACGAUGGCGGAGGCAGUGGCGGCAGCUCUCGAUCAUCGCCAACACCAGCAACCAGUUCCUGCUCAAUAUUGCCCAAUGGCCAACCCAUCAAUGCCAAGACGAUAAGGGUAUGGCAGAAGGGGGGCGUGCCCGUUCUACCCCCCGUAACGGCCCUGAAACGAGCCCUAAUCAGCAGCAGUCGCAAUUCGCCCGACGAGGGCUAUCAAGAGGGCUGUGGCACCGAUGUCUAAGCAACAACCAAGAACAACAACAACAACCAAGAACUGACUAAACUAAAAAUAAAACAAAAACUAAACUAAAGACAAACAAAAUCCCUAAACACUAAUACAUAUUAUGAAUACAUAUAGAUACAUACAUAUAUACAUAUACAUACAUAUACAUAUAAAUACAUAUAUAGAUAGCUCUCAAUCCUAGGCGAAUGAAAGGCGAUUGUUUGUGAUAGUGUCUGACAAAACAAAAAACAAAAACAAAAGAAAAGAAAACGAUAAUAAUUGCAAUGAAGAAGAACAAAAGAAAAGGAGAAACUGAAUAAUAUGAGAAACUUUAAAUUAAAUGCACUACACUAAAGUAUACUAAUGACUUACUCAACUAAUUAACUAAGUAAUAAAUAAAAAAAAAGAUAAAAAGAUGUAAA